ACAGUAAAACCUAUUUUAGGAGUCCAAACAAUGCGGUUCGGUGAAUUAUGACUGCCUUGAUUGGAUAUUUGGGGUCACGUGACGGGAAGCGAUUGCAUUUUCAGCUGCAACCCGAGCUAAGGAUAGUCGGAAAUCGCGCAUACAGGUGUCAAACCCGUAAUGGGGGACAUGAAGACCCCAGAUUUCGAUGACCUGUUGGCAGCGUUCGACAUUCCGGAUAUCGACGCCAAGGAGGCCAUCCAGUCCGCGCCAGAUGAGGCGGAGGGACCCCACGGGCCCAGCGGGGCACCUCUGGGGAAGACUGACAAUACGGGUGUUCCGCUCAGCCCCUCGGAUCCGCAGGGGGACACGUCCAUUGUAAGCGUGAUUGUGAAAAAUAAAGUGCGUGCCGAGACGACGGCGAGCGGCGACGACGGAGAUGCCGAGCCGGACGCUAUCGAUGUGAUUGCCGGUGUAGAUGUCGGUCCUCGUCCUGGUGGGAUGGUGGAAUCGGAUGCUCUUAAUCAUAACGGUUUCGGGAUGUCUGGCGUCUCUGCCCCGCUUUCCGUCGGCCAGUCCAACGGUUCCCCGUGGCCCCUUAGCGCACCUAAACCACCGGCAGAAACUUCAGGUGCGGGCGCAGCCAAGUCUGCUAAGCAGGGAGGGAAUAUAUUUAACAGACUCAAGCCUCUAUUGGGCCCGGGUUCUGGAGAUCCGGUGGGCCGGGCGAGGAAGAUGCAGCUUCUCCAACAGCAGCAGGAUGCAGGGCAGGAAAGAGCGGACAGCCUAAAAGCGGUGCUACCCUCCGGAUCUUCAGCAGGACAUGCUCCAACUUACUUCCCGCCCUCUAAACCUCUUCCGUGCCCACCCGCUACACUCUCGACCCAAGUCAAACCUUUCAAUGGUGCCCCCAAAAUGGCAGACUAUCAACAUCAGCAGAUGGCGGAGGAAGAGGAUGAGGAUUCUGAUGCAGAUUUGGACAGUCCGCUGGUCAUCCAGGAGAGCCCAGACUCCCCCGUUUCCACACAGAUGAACCGUCGUUAUAAGGAUUUAACCCAGCCUACGUCGUCCACUCAGUCUCCACCCAAGCCAGGGUACACCCCCCAGGGGGCGUCUCUGACCCCCCAGUCAGGGUCCGCCGGGAACGAGACUCCUCAACCGGAGGAAAAGAACCCGGAGCAUGUCAUCGAAGAGAGGGACUCGCCAGAGAGCCCUGAACCGGAGGCGCCUAAAGCAAGCCCUCAAGUGGUGCCCGCCAAGAGAUGUUCCAGCCCUGCUGUAGCCUCCACACCACCUUCUUCUGAGCUAAGAGAGCCCAAAGAAGAGGAGGAGGAGAUGGAGGUGGGGAACGGAAUUGACAAGGUGGCGGACACUAAUGCUGACAAGGCAGAAAAUGCGUGCGAGGAGAAGAUGGAGGUUGACGAGAGCAAGCCUAAAGGUGUCCCUGCCGGGGGCACCGUAGUCGCCGCACCCGGGGCUCCUUCUCGGCCCCUCAAGGUACGAAUAAAGACCAUCAAGACAUCCACAGGCGGCAUCACCAGAACAGUGACUAGGGUGGCUCCCAAGGGUGCCUCUGGGGGCAAAGGUCCUGAUGCGAAAGGGGGCGGAGAGCGCAAGGUUUUGGUGAACAAAGCUCCAAAGACUGACCAGCAACAGAAUGUGAGCGCCUUAAACGCCCUCCCGGUGUCGACGCUAGCCGCCAGCAGUGUCAUGCUAGCCGCCGCCACUAAAGUGCAAAACAAAAUGGCUGCCUCGGACAAAGCUAAGGUUUCCGUCACUGCCGUCAACAUCACAAAAUCAGCAGCUCUGCCCGCCACUCCCGCCGUGGCCUCAUCGCCCAAAUUCUCCGGGAUCGGUGUGCGAUCGGCCGCCAAGGGGUCGCCCAACGGCACUGGCGGCACCCCCCAGUCCAAUAAACCCGCUUCCAUCGUAAACAGCACGGGCGCCGUCAUCUCGCGUAGCCAGUCCAGCCUGGUGGAGGCUUUUAACAAGAUCCUCAACAGCAAAAACCUGCUGCCCAGCUACAAGCCGGACCUGUCGGCGCCGCCGCCCCCCGAGUGGGGGCUCCCGCUGCCGGCCGCCGGCUACCGCUGCCUGGAGUGCGGUGACGCCUUCGCCCUGGAGCGCAGUCUAGCGCGCCACUACGAUCGGCGAUCGCUGCGCAUUGAGGUGACGUGCAACCACUGCGCCAAGCGGCUGGCCUUCUUCAACAAGUGCAGCCUGCUGCUGCAUGCCCGAGAACACAAGGAACGAGGCCUGGUCAUGCAGUGCUCGCACUUGGUCAUGAGGCCCGUCACCGUGGAGCAGAUGAUCGGACAGCAGGAUGUCACCCCGGUCGGCAGUGUGCUCUCGUCUUCAUCUCCCUCCACUGCUUCCUCAUCCGCCACCUCCAGCUCCAGCCCGAUGAAGGAUGGUGCGGCCCCACCCGGCGGAGGUCCACCCCGACAGGUCCGACGCGCCCCUCAAGGCCCGCAGGCUUUAAUGCCCCUGCCGUGCAAGAAGGCCGAGAGCCUGCAGUACAACAACUACAAGUGUCCAGAGUGCCAAACGCAAUUUUCUUGCAAAGCGGCGCUGGUCACGCACUUCCAGCAGAUCAGAGCUGCGCCCAAUUCAACGUGCUCUCAGUGCUCUCCGCCCAUGAUGCUCCCCAACUCGUGCGCCGUGGCAGCCCACCAGAGGAUCCACAAGCACAAAGCUCCCCACGUGUGCCCCGAGUGCGGGGGCGUUGCGCGGCAAGCUGGCUUCCAGACUCACUUGGACGAGGCCUGCCUCCACUUUGCCAGGCGUAUCGGCUACAGGUGUUCAAGCUGCCAGGUAGUGUUUGGCGGCUUGAAUUCCAUCAAGUCCCACAUCCAGACGGCCCACUGCGAGGUGUUUCACAAAUGCCCCAGCUGCCCAAUGGCCUUUAAGUCAGCGCCAAGCGCUCAGAGCCACAUCGGCACGCAGCACCCGACGCUCACUGGCGGACAGGCCAAGAUGAUCUACAAGUGUGUCAUGUGCGACACUGUGUUCACCCAGAAACCCUUGCUCUAUAUGCACUUUGACACACAUCUGGCCAAGCAGAAAGUGCAUGUCUUCAAGUGUCCUGACUGCACCAAACUUUACGCGCAGAAAGGCUCCAUGAUGGAGCACAUCAAGACGACGCACAGAUUCUCCUCAGCAAAACAAGAAUCCGACCCCCCAGCCGCCGUCCCAGCGUCGGGCUCAAAGGCCAAACCCCCGGCAAAGCCCGACAACUCCGAUGGCGAAGACUGGGGGCGAGAUAAUGAGGAUGACGACGAUGACGAAGAGGAGGAGGAAGAGGACGACGACGGGGACGAAGACUACGAGGGGCCCGGCUCGGGGUCGGUGGGUCUGACAGCUGGCGCCCCUACAGAGUGGACUUGCCCGCAGUGCCAGAGCGUUUUCACUGACAACGAAGACUAUCUCAGCCACGUCAAGACAGAGCACGGCAAGUUCCCUUGUCGUAUCUGUGGAGGAAACUUUAGUACGUCCUCCAGCCUCAGACGCCACGAAAGAGUCAUCCAUGAGGGCAACAAGAGGGUUUUCCAUUGCCAGUAUUGCACAGAGGGUAAACGUACCUUCGGCAGCCGCUUCCUGCUGGACAAACACAUCCGGCUCAAGCACAAGGGCACUGACGGGCAGGCGGCUCCGAUGACCAGGAAGCGCGCUGCCACGGGCGCAGAAGGUCCCGGCAGCUCCUCGGAACAGGACGGCGAGGGAGUUGCUCCCGCCGGCAGGCCCGCAGAUGAGGAAGAAAACGCCCCGGACGAUGCGGAGGAAGGGGGCGCUGCCCCCGCCAAGAGACCCCGUGCCUCGACGGAGCCGGAGGAAGAGGGCAGCAGCGUGUUCCGCUGCGUGCCUUGCGGCUUCUCUACGGAAGAUGGCGCCGAGUUCCAGCGUCACAUCCCGCAGCACCGCGCCGACACCGCCUCUUUCCAGUGCCUGCAGUGCGGCGUCUGCUUCGCUUCGGCCGGCUCGCUGGGCCGACACCGCUUCAUCACCCAUCGAGUGCGGGACACCCAGGGCGAGGCAGAGCGCAGCGGGGGUCGUGCAUCCCCGGAUGGCUCGCCCCGCGCCGGCGCCACCUCGCCUCAAGCUCUGGGCGAGGACGCCGACGGCAACCUGAUCUGCAGGGUGUGCGGGCGGCGUUUCGACAAGGCGUCGGAUCUCAACACCCAUUUCCGGACCCAUGGCAUGGCCUUCCUCACAGCACACAAGACGGACAAACCCCAGUAGGAUGCAAGCGAGCCGGUCUAGAACAAGGGUUCUCAAAUGUUUCGGCUCCGGGUGAGAAACCAGUCAGAGAACUCCCCCAUAAUCCAAAUGCCAACUAUACAUAACCAGUUUUCAAACAAAAUGCUGACCUGUUCAAAAGAAAGUAAUAUUCAAAAUCACCAUCCGCUUUAGAACUUCCUGUUUGAGCCACAUGAUGGCAGUAAAGUACUACUUUGUCGGCACAAAUCAAUCGUUUUUCACUGAAUAACAGCAAAAGUUAUUUAAAAUAUAUAAAUAUAUGUAUAGGUGAAUUCGCAAGUAGUGUUUAGGAUUCUGUAUAUUAAUAUUUUAACCCCUUAUUUGAGAGAUGUCACGAUCUCCCCCCCCCCCCCCCCCAAAAAAAAUUGAUGCCCUCCCAUAAGGUUGUAAUUACAAUUAGGGAUGUCCCGAUCGCAUUUUUGUCACCUGAUUUUUUAGAAUCUGCCGAUAGUCGCGAUCCGAUACCGAAAAGUUUUAAAAAAAAUAUAUAUAUAUAAAUUGGCCCCGAACGAUAUUGGAAAAAAUUAACAUUGCGAUAUAUAUAUUGCCAAGGCUCCACACCUUUUGCAUUAGUUGCACUGGUGUGCAUACAUUUUCAUUGCAUCACCUGUAACGCCGAACUUUUAAUCAUUCCACAACAUUCAUCAUAGAUUUCAUAAUGUGUUCACAGGGUGCGGGGCUGAUAGAUAGGGGGCCUGCAUUGUCGGCGAGGCCGUCAAAGCUGACCGAGUGGAAUCACAAAGAGCUUUUUUUGUCGAAAAUUCUUGUCAAUAAAUGCUUAAAUCCCUGGUUUCUUUAUAGACAUGGACGUAAAAGUCUCGAUUUUUGGUUAAAAGCAAAAAACGGGCAGUUAGCAUUUAUUUUAGGUGAAUAUGUCGAAUGUGCUGCUAGUUAAGUCUUUGGCUGCCUCCUUAGUACAACAGAGAGCUUUUUGCGUUGAACAUUCUUGUGAAUAAAUGCUUAAAUCUCUGAAUUCUUUAUAGAUAUGGAUGUAAAACAGUCUCGGUUCUUGGUUAAAAGCAAAAAAAAAAAAAAAAAGUGCAGGUAACAUUUGUUUUACGUAAAUAUUGGAAACUAUUAGGCUAGACUGUAAGGAAAUUAGCCUAUUUACGUUGCUGACUAUUUACGUUAAAUUCUUGUGAAUAAAUGCUUAAAUCCCCGAGUUCUUUAUAGAUAUGGACCUACAAGAGUCUCGAUUCUUGGUUAAAAAGCAAAAAAAUAAACUGUCAGUUUGCAUUUACUUUACGUAAAUGUCAAAGAAUGAUGCUAGUCCGUAGCGGUUCAUUUCUCCCAUUGAUUUUUUUUAACGUUUCAAAAUGCAUGCAUGGUACGAAAGAUAAUAAUUACCUUGAAUCCUCGAACAAAUCACUCCUGAGACAAUCCUUCCUGUUUGUAUGAGGUACAGCUUUCGUACUUUUUCAAUCCUAAAUCAGGCAUUAGAUCACUGCAUGUGUCAACUCUGCGACCGACUGCAAAGAACUGAAGCGGACUAGGGCGGCCCCCAACUUAAAGGCGUUGCACAGUGAAGGUGGAAUCUGACCCGUCAAUCAUUGUGAAGUCUAUGCAUUCAUUGAAUUAAUUUUCUAAACUGGUUAUAUUCGCGGGGUGCUGGAGCCUAUCACAGCUAACUCCAUGCAGAAGGCGGUGUACACCCCUUAACGGGUUGCCAGCCAGUUUGACGCUGGAACCCGACAGCCAUUUUGGAGUGUUCAAUUAGCAUACUAUACACGUUUUUUUUUUUGGGAUGUGGCAGUAACCCGGCGAAAACCCACGCAGGCACACAGGCCAGAGCUGGGAUUUAACCCACAAUCCCAGAACUGUGAGUAACGUGCUGUAAUGUGAAUUAUUUUUCAACAAGAAUAACGUAGAAAAACGUCUUUAUGAAAUGCUUCAUUGAGUGAGUCCACUCAAUUUUGCUCACGCUGUCAACAUUAGCCUGAGUUAACAGCACAGUUCAGACUGUGUAGCAAGCUUAACACAUUUGUGCCCUUGAUCGUAGGGCUAGUGAGAAUUCGCUGGCUAGAUUAAAGUGUCCAACCUGUCAAUCAUCGUUAACUUUUAAGUACCAAACGACAUCUGGACUGGUGACCAAGAAAAACAGUUUGGUUGCAGAGGCUGUACGAGCAUGAAGCAGAAAAAUAUUUUUCAUUAACUCGAUCCUCUUCACCAGAUUCCAAUCAUCUGAAAAAUGGUGCGAUCGGCCCGGUUUCCAAUUACGUGAUCGGGACAUCACUACCUAUAAUUGUUGUAAACAGUAAAUAUAUAAUAAAAUAUCAGCCCUAAACACUUCAGUCGUUUUGAACUCAAUAUUUUUGUCACACAUUUGAGAUUUCUUUUUAGCUACUUUCCUAUAAAGCCAAGGUUUUGGCACUCUCUUAACGAUGGAAAAAGCACAAAAAAUGCUUACAAGUGAGUACUUUAACAAAAAACAGUAGUGCAUUUAAUUGGCCCCAAGACAAUUUAUGGAAGAGUAAUUAGGUUACCUCAUUUGUAGGUAUAAAAAGAAAUUAAAUAUUUAACCAAUAGCUAUUUUUUUUGUUGCAGAAUGAUUUGAGAACCUCUUGCUCUGGAAUAUUUAUACCAUCCUCUUCGUGUUAAUGCAUGCCUGGACGCCCUCCCUUUUGAGUGAAACCUUUCCGCUGCACGGCCGCCAUUUUACUGACCUCCCUGGAACUUGGAUUUGUUCUCGUAAUAUUUAUUUAUAUCAAACACUUCCGAGAGCUGGCCAGGAUAAUUCGUGACUUUGGUGUUCGUUAAGACAAUAGAAUGAAAGAAGAGGGUAGUUCGUGUUUUUGUUUUGUAAAUACUUACACUACAAGAUAAAAACUUGCUAUGAUAAUGUGAAUAUGUGUAGUAUUUGUACUUGUACUGUUCCUUUUUAAUAAGUAUCAAGCACCCCACUAGGAGGAAAUCAAUGUGUAUCAAUACUCACGUUUCUUUUAUAAUGUUUAAAGAAUAAUAAAAAAACAUUGUCUUGUUUAUAUUUCUUUUUAUAUAUGUCAUAUCAUAUUUAUAUAGAUGACAAUAGUGGAACAUUUGUUCUUUUUUCCAUGGAUGUGGUCUGCUUGCUGAAAAUGCCAUACAUACACUUUUGUGCAGUUUUCAAAUAAAUGUUAAAAAGAGACCUUAA